AUGCUUUUAGCUAAUAUUUUAUCUGCUGUAGUCCCACCAAAAAUCGUGCCACAAGUCAGUGAAAAUAAUUUAAGAGAAGGUCAGAGAUACACGGCAAUGUGUAGCAUUACUGAAGGUGAUCCACCGCUAACAUUUCAAUGGUCUAAGAAUGGAAAGACAUUGAAAGAAUCUUCUCAUUUGACAAUUCGUCGACAGGAUGAUUUUUCCACUUCUCUUAUCAUAGCUUCAGUAAAAGGCUCGGACAGUGGAAAUUAUACUUGUUUAGUUUCGAACAGGGCCGGAUCGGAUAGUCUUGUGACAAAGUUAUUUGUUUCAGUGCCACCUGCGUGGAUUCGUCAACCUUACGAUGUAUCAGUUAAAGCAGGAAACAAAUUAGUUCUUCAUUGUGAAGCCGCUGGCUAUCCACCACCAAGUGUUAAAUGGAGAAAAACGAAAGGAUUCAGUAUUGCUCAAUCAUCUCCUGUAACAGAAAGCCAUUGGAAGAUUAUUGAUAGCGGCACAAUUACUUCUGUUACUGCAAAGAAAGAAGAUGAAGGAUUUUAUACUUGUGAAGUAGGAAAUGGUGUCGGAGAAAAUCUAUCUAAGACUGUUAGAGUUGAAGUUCAAGUCCCACCGAUAGUAAAUGUGGAAUCUGUUCAGAAAACGGUAAGAAAUGGUGAAGAUUCUAUAUUAGUUUGUAACAUAACUGGAGACAAACCGCUAAAUAUUUAUUGGACUAAAGAUGGAAACAAGCCAGAAGACAAUCAAAGGAUACAAAUAGUGCACACGAAUUUUGAAAAAAGCUACAAAUCAGUCUUAAAUAUUGAAUCUACUAAUAGAGGAGACAGUGGAUUGUAUGUUUGUAGUGCCAAUAACACAUUUGGACAUAGUCAAAUGGCAAUUAGACUAGGAAUUGUUGAGCCACCCAGUCAGCCUGAAGAGUUAAAAGUGAAAACAAUAUGGAGUAGAAGUGUUCGGCUCAGUUGGUUGCAGCCUUAUAAUGGAAAUACCGCAAUUAAAAAGUACAUCUGUACUUAUAAGAAAGAAGAUAAGAAUAAUCCUUUGGAAUUAAAAGUUGAUGGAUCUCAAAUGUCAGUGAUUGUUCUUCGUUUGAAGCCAUAUACAAAAUAUCAAUUUCAAGUUGUUGCCGUCAAUGAAGUAGGAAGUAGCAAACCGUCGAAAACUGUUGAAGCUAUUACCACUGAAGAAGAACCUGCAUCUCCUGCUUUUGACCUUCAAGUAAGUGAUAAAUCGACAGCUUCAGCUGUUUUAAGUUGGAAGUCUCCUCCAAAACAUCAGUGGAAUGGACCAUUACUGGGAUUUUACAUUGGAUAUAAAAAAACCAGUCAAGGUUCACAAAUAUCUUACUCAUAUAAAAAUGUAAAAAUUGAUUCAAAAACGGAAAUUCAAAAAACUGUGUUGGAUAAUCUGCAGAAGACUUCAACUUACACUGUAAAUGUAAUUGCUUAUAAUAGAGCAGGAUUAGCUCCACCUUCGGAACCAAUACUCUUAACAACAUCGUAUAUUGAAUCUCCUCCAACACCUCGAAUAUCCAUUUUGACAACUGAUCCAAAUUCGGUGACUAUGAGAAUUUUAUGGUCUUCGAAGAGAAACACACCGCUUACUGGUUAUGUUGCUCACAUAAAACCUACCAAUGGUCAGUGGCAAAUGGUUCGACUGCCAUUGUCUCCAAAUAAUAAUUAUACUAUUGGAGGAUUGGUCAGUGGUGUUCAGUAUCAAAUGUACUUAACAGCUAAGAAUGAAUACGGGGAUAGUGGACCUACCGAAGUUCUUAGUUUUCUUACAACAAAUAAAAAAGCUGAUGACGAACCACUUUAUCAACAACUUUCUUUUACACUACCUGUCGUCGUUUCAUUAGUAAUAAUUAUAAUUCUUCCUCUGGUAUCCUGCUGCUGCAUGCACAAGUUAGACAGGCCGUUUUUAGAACCAGAAGGUGUCGAGGCACGCGGCUUUACUUAUACAGCAGCAACUCCAACUCAAAGACCCGAUUUAGUAACGACGGGAAUGGUUCGUUCCUUACCACGUGCUCCAGUUCCAGCUCCUACUCCUGCUCCUCCUCCUAUUCCCAUUCCGGCAUCCACUCCUGUACAGAAUCAAUCUACUUACUCCGCUCUUCAUACAUAUGGAAGUGAAGCGGAAUAUGAUGAUCCUAGAUACGAUAGUGUGGUGGAAGAAAUGAAGAAUUUCUUAGGUGCCAAUGCCAUGAACCGCAAAACAACUUUGUAAAUCAUUCAAACUUUUGAAGAUUUUUAUGAGCAUUCAACAGUUUCCAAAAACACGCAAACUUUUAUAACUUAAGAUAUGUCCAAUAAAAUCUACAACAUGAAAACUGUUAAAUGUUUCUGUAGAUUAUAUGAUUAGAAGAAUUGUGUGAUUUGUUAAAAGUUUGCAUUCUGUAUUGAACUUCUUAGACCGUAUUUGUUUUUAUGAAAAUAAAA